AUGCCCGUCGACAAGUCCAAGCAACAAAAAACAACUCCGAAGCGAUCAAAGGAUUCAGACUACAUCUCCCCUCAUUUUAUUGGCAGUAGUGGCCUCACCCAUGCUCGUGAGCUCGAGGUCAAACGGAGUCGUGGUGAGGUAAGUUGUGCAGAAUGUCGGCGCCUCAAGAUUAAGUGCGACAAGCAAAUUCCUUGCCAGUCAUGUGUUCGUCGCGGUUGCUCUGCCCUUUGUCCAAAUGGCGCACUGGCUACUGGCCAAGGUACUCGCUUCGUUCUAGCGGCAACCGAACAUCUUCACCGCAAGAUUGCUCGCAUGGGAGAGCGUAUUCGGGCAUUGGAGGAUGCUUUAACGACCCUUCACGCUGCUCAGGGAGGUCCUGAUAGACCCAUACACCCGCUCCUAGUCGAUAGCGAAGAUUUUUCCCUUCCUGACGAACCUCCAACACCCCGUCGCGGUGUUGUUGAAGAGGAAAGCAACAACCCAAGCAGAACUUCUGGGAACGGGGACGUUAUUGACGCUUUUGGAACCUUGAGCAUAUCCGACCACGGUAUUUCCAGGUUUUUUGGUCCAACAGGAGGCUCAGAGAGUCUGCUCAUUGCAAGUUCGCCUUCACCUACAUCCUCUCCUUCUUCCCUGUCCCUUUCCCGUUCCUCCGACUCCCUUUCUCCACCCUCAAGCCACGCAUCCUCUCCAGACUCUCCUUCAGACAAUCGCGUUCAUUCCAUCAAGAGCGACUCUUCAAUUCCCGCGCUAGCUCUGUUUUCCGCCAAUGCCUUCCCAUUAACUCCCUUCGGCACCCCUUCAGCCAUCCGCGACCUCGUGACUUCUCAUCUCCCCCCUCGCGCCCAUGGUCGUCUCUUGAUCGACAGCUACUUCGCACAACUUGCCUGGCUUUUCCGCGGGGUAACCCGUGGCCAAGUUAAAGACAUGAUGUGUGGAAUUUAUAGCUCGUAUGGCCCAACUGGCGAACGUGACGAUUUCGACGACUUGGAAGGUGAUGAAGACCAGGAGGGUGACCCUGAGGACCACACUGGCCCUCAUGAUCUUGCACUUUUGUUCAUGAUUUUUGCCACCGGUGCUCUCGUGCAGCCACAGUCAGAAAACGCCACGAAUUUACCGCCAGACGAAGAAGAAGAGAUAUAUCGGAAACGCGUCAGUGCCGAGGGCGAGCAUUUCCACCAAAUCGCUCGAGCAGCACUGGCGCUGCAACCCGUACUCGAAAAACCGAGCAUUGUCACCAUACAAGCACUCCAUCUUCUUAGCAUAUAUUAUGGCAUGGCCACUGCCCCCAACUACAAAGAGGACGCUGAAACCAGCAUGGAAAUGACCUGGAGCUUAAUAACACUUGCUGCUCAUCUAAGCCAGACCAUAGGACUGCAUCGGGACAGCGCUAGAUGGGGACUGUCGCCGAAAAUGGUACAACGCCGACGAAUUCUUUUUUGGGACCUGUUCGUCGCAGAUGUGUGGCUGAGUCUGAAUAACGGACGACCUCCAUCCUUCUCUUUGGCAUAUAUUGACUGCUCGUUCCCCACAUAUGAAGGUUCCAGGGCAAAGGAAGGGGCGUUUGAGAUAUGGCAGUUCCGCUUUGCCGCUGAGUGCGUCGCCGAUGUUACAGCACGCACUCUGACCGCAGAGGCACCGGGUUAUUCGACAAUCAUGGAGUUGGACAAGAAAGUACGAGAAUUUCCGUUACCUCCUUUGGAUGAUGUGAGCCCGGACGACCUUGGGGCGAGUCUGCAGCGUUGUGUCCUGGAACACAUCAGAGAAACAGGUUCGGUCACCUUUUUGCUGCAUAUCAAGGGGAAAACUCACGCAUAUACGGCAGUUUUACUAUAUAUCCAUCGCAGCUUUUUUGCUCAAGCGAUUAUUGAGCAACCCGUCAAUCCCCUGAAGAGCGCCUACGCACCUUCAUUUCUUGCUGCUUAUCGUGCCAGCGCUACUAUACUUAAAUCUGUGCGCGAUCAGUUCGAAAUUACACCAAUCGCUUGCGCAAGGUUUUGGACGAUGUGGACGUUUGCGUUCAGUUCAGCGGUUGUGUUUGGCACCGUUGUAACACGAGGACCUCGAAGUCCACUGGCGAAUGCAGCAAUGACAGAGCUUGAACAAGCGUGUAUUCUGUUCUCCAAGGCAGCGGUUCACAGCCGUCGAGCUAUGAAGGCUCUGCCUAUUCUCACCAAACUGAGUGAGAAGGCACGACAUGCUUUGGUAGCUGCUCAAAAUGACCCGAUGGGGGGAGAUGAUAAAGGCGGACUUUUGUGGAAUAUGCAAGGAGUUCUUGGACCAGGUGGCCAACCUGUUCAGGUCAAAACAGAGGAGCUUGACGACGAGCUCACGAUAUUCGCGGGACACACGCGAUUCGUCUCUGGUCAACUCCAGCGUGGGUCUCCCGUUAAAUUCCCCUCUCGUCGUCAACUAGCAAAUCCUCCCAUGCACACUGACGACCAGCUUUACGGACGAUCGGAUCGAGUUUCACCGCAACAACACCAGUAUCCCGUCGAGCCUCCCAUUCCUCCUCGCCAGCGGCUUCACUCAAUGCCUUCGUCCUCGGAUUUACAUCAACAUCACGACCGCUCAACUGUCAACGUGAACAUCGAUUCUCGUUGGGGCGCACGCGACUAUGCCCCUGAUGCGGCUCACUCUUACGCCUACCAUUCCUCCCCACACUCUGCCAUUCAGGAGCAAAUACCUCACCAGCAGCAACUCUAUCACUCUGAUGGAAAUAGAAUCCCACGCUCUAUUCCCCCCACUCCGUCCGCGCCUUACGCAUGGCCAGUCGAUGGAUACGAAGGCCAACAUUUACAGCAGCCGCCUCCUACCCCACAUCAUCACCCACAAUACUCUUUACACCAGCAAUAUCCCUCUCAUGAUCACGCAUAUCCUCAUCCACAACAAGCUAGUGCUUUUCAAGCACACAAUACCGAGCUCGCACAACUUGGUCUUGCAGCACGUGACUCGCGGCUGGAUGAAAGAUGGAGCCAUUUCAUGGAGGACUCUGGCUUGCUUGAAGGUAUCGAUUUCCGCGCUCGAUGA